AUGUCUGUUGUCGAUCACUUCCAUCUUAUGAAUUUAGACCAACGCUUGUUGUCGGCUAUAUCUGAUUUAAAAUGGGGCCGACCAACAGAUAUACAGCAAGCAGUUAUUCCAUUCGCUCUAGAGAAGAAAAGUAUGUGCGUUCAAGCACGCACUGGUUCUGGCAAAACGGGAGCUUUUUCCAUCCCUCUUAUCCAAUCUAUUCUUGAAAACAAGAUGUUCCAAACUGAGCAGAAGACGUCAGCCUUGAUAUUGGCGCCAACUAAAGAGCUGUGUAACCAAAUAACCAAGGAUAUUAAAAUGCUUUGUAAAUAUGCCUCCAGAAACAUUAACAUUCUUGAUCUCUCUCGGACGGAUGAUGUUGAUGCUUUAAGACCUCUCUUGGCAGAACAUCCAGAUAUUAUAGUGGGAACGCCUUCUAGGGUUUUGGACCAGUUGCGCCUGAAACGUCUUAAUCUUGAUUCUCUUGCACAC